GUAGCCUAAGUCAGAUUCCCACUGUUGCGGACGUGACCACAGAAAAACGUCUUUUUCGCCACGUUUUUUAAAUGCUUAACUAUAAAUAAAAUAUCCCUUCAAUUGUAUGCUAAAGGAUGUAUUUUUUCACUGCUUCAGUUUUCCGCCAGACAGACGUUUAAGUUUGCCCUUUUUUUUCAAGCAUACUUCGGCCAGAUAUUUAGAAAAAGACGUUUUCGGUGGUCCCCACUGAAACAGUGGGACUCAGACUUUCGCUUCUUCCACUUCUCCUCCAAACUCCGUUAAAUGACAUCGCUGAUCUCCAUCACCAUAAGGUAACAUAUAAACUAUGCAAUAGUAACUCAUACAACCCCACUUCAAAAUCACUGAACUAGGCCCAAAAAUUAAAACUCGUGGUCUCACAUGAACUCUAGUUGAUACGGAUGUAUAAAGGUCGAGGUUGACCAACUUUUCGAAUAAAGGUCACUGUAUUAAUUUUAGACAGGGAGCACCUGUCCUUGUCAGUACCAGCAUGGUUGUAGUAAAGCCUCAACAGAGUUUGACAACAAGUCUGGACAGAGGAAAUGAUGCAAAUGAAGAGUUUACAGAGGAGCAGUUUGUUCUUUUAGGCAACUGUAAAUGUCGAUGCAGUCAACAAUGAAUAAUCCACAGGGUGCUUACGCCAUUUUCCCCACCAUUCCCUCUGUGAAAGAUUUAACAGAGGUUUUGUAUGGAGGAAAAAGGUUUGGUAAUCAUGUGGAUGAAGUUUGGCCUAACCUCUUCAUUGGCGACAUGUCAGUGGCCAACGAUCGCUACAGUCUGUGGAAGCUGGGAAUCACUCAUGUCCUGAACGCAGCGCAUGGGAGGAUGUACUGUCAGGGGAGCCAUGACUUCCAUGGAUCCACAGUGGAUUAUUAUGGAGUGCCUGCAGAUGACUCACCAUCCUUUGACCUCUCUCCCUAUUUCUUUCCCUCUGCUGAUUAUAUCCAGAAUGCACUUAACACGACUGGUGCUCGGGUUUUUGUCCACUGUGCAGUUGGAGUCAGCAGGUCUGCCUCCCUCGUCCUGGCCUACCUAAUCAUCCACCACCGCUACACCCUGCUGGAGGCCAUCAAUAAGGUCAAAGAGCGCAGGUGGAUUUUCCCGAACAGAGGAUUCCUCAAACAGCUCCAUGCUUUGGAUGUGAAACUACGCAAAAACAUUGUGUAAUAAAUGAAAUAGCAAAAUUAGUUGACUUACCUAUAUUCUAACUUAUUUAACUUAACUUAACCUUAAAUUUGUAUUUUCAUCAAGACAAGUGAAUGAUUCAGUAUCUGCCAGUGGAGGGAGAUACUGUACUGUACUAGCUUGGUGGCAUUGAAUCAAAUUUAUUUUCCUUAAAUCUGCUGCUGUGUAUGAUAUGAAUUAUGCUGCCUCGCCACAAGGUACUGAUCCUCAUUUUAAUGGAUCAGUGUAAUCAACCUUGGGCAGAAUCAAUUUUAAGACUGAAUAUGAGUCAUGAUGACCUUUGUAUUGUGUUGAAGAAAAAUUGCAUCCAAGACAUUGUGAGUCGAAAUAACCCAUGAGGUGUAUGAAUUUUAAUACAGUUCAAGACUCUGUUCAUGUUUCAAACGCCACUGUACAUUCAGUAUAAAACACACCGUUUCCACUUAAAUGAUAAAUAUUAAACAUAAUAAAAAAUAAUUUAUUUGUUUCAUUAUAUUUUGUAUAUUUGUGUUAGUCUACUACACACUUCAUUAGUAAGCAGAAUUUAUAUUGAUUAUUAAUGUAAUG